GCAUAACAAGUCGUGCAAUUUGUGUAAACAAUGGCGGACAGCGCGAGCGAGUUGGAGAGCGACACUAGUUCUCUUGAUGGAAGUAUUUUACCUAAAACUUCUGCUAACUAUCAAAUUGAGCAGUUGAAAAAGCGAGUUGAAUCCCUGCAGCAGGAAAAUAGGGUAUUGAAAGUCGAGUUAGAGACUUUCAAACUAAAAUGCAAGCAACUCGCGGAGGAGAAACAAGAACUGAAGAGGGCGAGCGUAAAUAUCCAAGCAAGAGCAGAGCAAGAAGAAGAAUUUAUCAGUAAUACAUUGCUGAAGAAAAUCCAGUUACUGAAGAAAGAGAAGGAAUCCCUUGCUAUGAACUAUGAACAAGAAGAAGAAUUCCUCACCAAUGAUCUCUCAAGAAAAUUAACACAGCUACGACAAGAGAAGGUAGAGCUUGAGGAAACAUUGGAGAAAGAACAAGAAUAUCAAGUGAACAAAUUGAUGAGGAAGAUAGAAAAGCUGGAGAGAGAUACUAUGUCGAAACAAACCACACUGGAACAGUUGAGAAGAGAGAAGAUAGAAUUAGAGAAUGCAUUAGAACAAGAACAAGAGUCACUUGUGAACAGAUUAUGGAAACGUAUGGAUAAGCUAGAGGCUGAAAAAAGAUUGUUACAAGAGAAACUGGAACAGCCAGUGACAGAGCCGCCGUCUCCUCGUGAAAUAAACAAUGGAGAUACUGCGGAGAAUCUAUCUACUCACAUAGAGGGCCUGAGAGGAGAGGUUACCAGACUUAGGAGGCAGCUUAGAUCAGCGCAGAUUGAACAUGAGGAGAAGAUGGCACACUAUGCUCAAGAGGAACGUCACAUUCGAGAAGAGAACCUUCGUCUACAACGUAAAUUACAGAUGGAGAUGGAACGGCGGGAAAGUCUGUGUCGGCAUUUGUCAGAGAGUGAAUCUAGUCUAGAAAUGGAUGAUGAAAGGCAUUUCAAUGAGAUGACAAAACAACAUGAUAUCAGUGGUGGGAGCGGCUCUUCAGGUCAUGGGGCUGGUUCCAGCGGUCACAUUAGACCACGCACAGUAUCCAGUCCAAUACCCUAUGUUUCACCUAAUUCAUCCAGACCAUUAUCACCAGCUGGAGGGAUGCACCCAAUAUUUAGUCCACCAAGCCCCAUGAGGAGAAACACUGGUGAAUCAACAUCUACCGGAAGAUCAGCAUUUCAUCCCCCUGGGUUUGGUACAUCACCCCCUGUUCAUACCAGCACACACAUACCAAUGGCCCAUUCUGGACCGCAGAAAUAUUAGAUCAACAACUGAGACGAGCAUCUGGUGAUAAAUUUGUCCGUCCCAGUAGUUAUCCUAGCGUUGACAAGAAUGAUAAAACCUGAGAAUCUUUCAAGUGGGAGGAAAAUGAAACAGCUUCAUGUGCUUGCACUUGUACGAGGGAGUAACUUGUAAUGGCUAUUUAGCAUUUCUGUUCUCAUGCCCUCAUUGGCUUAGCAAUUCAUCCAAUCAGAAACUGCAAAACUGCCCAAGUGAUUAGCUUUGUAUCUAUAUUAUGUUUUGGUAUAAAGUGUCUUGUUUGGUGCUAUGUUUUAAUUGGGUGUGUUUGAUUUUUUACUGUUAAAGAUGUUAUCAUAGGAGAGUCAAAUAAUUACAUGUAGAACCUCUGUUCAAUUGUACCUCAAGAUCAGUGGAAUAUUUACAUCUGCAAUACACUGUUAACACAAUUGUAAAUGUUUUUAUUAAAUGCUUUUCAUUUUGGUCCUGACAAUAGGAAGUAUCCCAUACAAAGAAAAAAACAACAUAAAAUAAAAAUUGAUGUAUAUAAUCAAUGCAUAUAUUGGUAUAUCAUCGGGCUAUGUUGAGGUAUAUCCGAGAAAUAUAUGUUUUAAAUUGGCACAUACAUACACAUAAGUGAGUCUUAUGAUUUAUUUGUGUUGAAUGUUAUGCCUAAAAAGACAUAAAUUAUCAGCUUUCAUGAAUACACAAAUUUAUAUAUUGUAAAUUUGUUCUUAAGAUAUUUAGUCUUAAAAGUUUUAUUCUUUUUGCAACAGAAUAAAGUAAUACUAUAGUUCAAUUUUAUGUAGUUUCGAACAUGGGAAUUAUGUUAUAGAGGCUUUAUUUGGAAAUAUGUAGGAGGGGUAUUUUUCUUUUUAGAUUUUUUUAACGCAUCUCAUUUAAGGGGCAUUGCUGUUAUUUUCUGGCGUUAUCAAGAUUGGUUCAUGUAUUCUGCUUAUACUCGGAUACAGUAUUUAAAAUUAUUAUAUUUUUGUUCAUGAAAUAUGUAUAAGUCUUUGUGUUAUAAUUUGUUAGAGUUUUAGUAUAAUACUUUUGACAGUUGUUGCACGAACAUGUUGACCUUCUAUCACAAAACCAUCUACAGUAUAAAUUGUGCAUCUGUAUAUUUUGGGAGAAAUUUCAUAAACUUUACAUUCAGUUCUAAACAGCAGUCAUGAGCUUUAUGUUUAGCUUUCAAAGUUGAAAAUUACCCAUUUUGAAAGACUUGUUGUGUUCUUUCUUGAAGAAGCAUUUUUAAAAUAUUCAUUAUUAUAUAGUAUUCAUUUACAGCAUUGGGUAUCAAGUAUGUCUGACUAAAGUUUAAUCUUAAAUCUUGGCCUCCAGUUUAUUGUUAUGUAAAUUCAUGGGAAUUCAAUUUCAAAAUGUUAAAGUUAAGCAGUCUGUAGUUUAUUUCCAGGUCAGGUUUUUCAGAUCAUAACUUCCCACCUACACUUUACAACUAUGGCUGCUUGCCGUAGUAUAUUAAAUAUUUUGCCAUAUGACUUUUAUGGUGUCUUAUUUAUAUAUCUUUAAACUAUUAAUCUGUCCCAACAGUUGUGGGUUCAAAUCCCACCAGUGACUUUGGAUUCUUUGAUGUGAGGAUGUUAUCCAGGUAGCUUAUGAAACGUUGAUGGUUCUGUCUAAGUGCCUGCUCAUGGUUAAAGGGAAACCUGAGCAGUUCUGCCAUUAGUUGACCCAAAAUGUUGCCAUAUGGCUUGAACAGUGUCAGCGCAACUUAAAUCCAACAAAACGAUCAAAGAAAGUCUCUCUCUCAUAAAUAUAUAUUUCUCUGCCAUUUGAUCAAAAAAGUUAUCUAAUCCCUUAGAAAUCAUUAAAACAUAUUUAAAUUUUUUUAGAGAUUUUUGUGUUUAACUGAAACAGAAGACAUGCACCUUCAAAGAAAACCAAUUACAUGUACGACAUACCAAAGAGCUAAAUGUAUCACAUUUUGUAGAAGAAAUUAGAUAAAAGCUGUUGUUUUGGCAUUUUUGCACAUUUAUAUCUAGAAUUAAGUGCAUGUUGUUUUAAUUUAUUGCACAUUAUUAUACAGGAUAUCUACAUAUUAACAUACUGCAUUUAUCUGUUUUCUUAUACCAGUAUACUGCUGGCCAUAGUAGGGAGGAAUUGUUUGUUUAUAUCAUAGCCAUUAGAUAAUAAAAAAACACGAUAGACACAUAACAUUCUGGUUUAUUUAUAGACUUACUUAUCUUGGUUUAAUAAAAUAAUGUGCCUGAGAGAGUAAGAAGGUGAUUAAAAGGAAAAUAUAUCAAUAAUUUCAAUCAGACAUGUUAAAACUUAUAAUCUGAGCACUAAAUUUUUGUAAGAUUACUAGAUUUCACUCUGUUUGAACACUUGAGUUAAUCUGAACACUCAAUAUCAAUGUGAAUGCUCUGAACUCUGAUCGAAAGAUUUCUUCAUAAAACACAAAAGGUAUAUAUUUAGGUGCUAGAAUUAUGUAUUACACAGAUAAUUUUCUGUUAUAUAUUGUAAACAGGUUGCUACACGGUGUAUUGUAUUAUGUUGUUAAGUUAGAAUUAUGUGCUCAUAACAAUUGGUUCUUACGCAGCUAUUUAUUUGAAAUUUUUGUAUUUGAUAUUUUGAACUUGUAUGAUAUUUCUUGGCCCAUAACUGCCCGCAGCUUUUAUCUUCAUGUUGUUUUGUUUGCCUCAUGUAAUUCAUGAUGUGUAUUAUAAGUUAAUCAGACUGAAAGGGAAGAAAAACAGAUUAAUAUUUUGAUCGUAAUUGCAAGAAUUGUUACACAGACAUAUAUACAUUUUUAUCUUGUAUUAUAGGAUGAACAAAUGAGGGAGUGAUAAAAUUUAUUGUUUGGAAAAUGUAUGAUUAAGGUGUUAUAUUUCUUAAUUUAAAGUUUUUUCAAGUAAGCAAAAUGUUGGUGUUCUUUUGAUGAUCUUGAUUGUGACAUAUUUUUACAGAAUGAUACCCUGAGUAAGUCUAAGUUAAUUGUUCACAUUUGAGACAAAAUAUUUUAAUUUCAUAUGAUACGAGUAAAUAAUGUGGUACUUUUCAGAAUUUAUGAUGCAAACAAAUUUGAAUACACAUUUUCCAAUGAUGCCAUGUUUAUCCAAUUACUAAACACAAAGGAAUUGAUGGUUUAAGGUGUCUACCUCUUAAUGCAGUCAGUGUGUGUUUUAAGUGUACCUGAGGUGAGAACCAGGUUUUCUCACACAAUAUUUGUACAGAUUAGCUGAGAAAGAUUACAUAUACAUGUAAAUUGUAUGUUAUGUGAGUUCAGUUGAAAUGAAAUAGUUUAGACUACAAUUAUCGAGGCCUCCAUUGCGAAAUGGUUUAGGUUGUCCACUUCAAAAUUAAUGCCCCAUACUAUUGUGUAUUGUGGGUUCGAAUCCUGUCAAGGACUUAGGGUUUUCUGGUGUGAGAAAGCUAUCUGGCUAGCUUAAGAAAGGUCAGUGGUUCGACCCAGAUGCCCCCUUUGUGCCUGAAAUAGUGCACAUAGUGCCACAUGAGGGUCUUCUUCCACCAGUAAAACUAGAAAGUAACCAUGGCCAUUACAGUAUCUAUAUGACUUAAAAACAUCAAAACAAACAAGCCUAAAUUUAUACACAGUAUAUUUUGUAGAGGAGUCCUGUUGGGAAGCUUUUAAAACUCCUUAGAUAAUCAAUAGCUUUAUGACUCUUUUCUCUUUUAUUCACUUAUACAGGUAAUGAAU